UUUUUAAUUUUUAUUUUUUCAGUUAAUUAUCAAAAUACUUACUACAUCCCACCAAUGUCUUUAAAUAAUUUUGAUUCGAAUGGAAAAAGAAGAAUUUUGCUCAAUGAAUGCAAAAAAGUUUAUAUUCAAAGAGAUUACAGUCAAGCGCUUAUUAUUCGUUUUUCAACAGAAUUUCCUGAAGAACUUGAAAAUUAUAUAAGCAGACAAUUAUGGACUGAAUUUAUUAAUAAUUUAAAUCAAAUAUAUUCUGAUGCAGAAAAGCUCUCCUCUAGAGCUUAUGCAGAAAAUAUAAUCGCUUUAUUAACAUGCCAUCUUUCUCGUCUUUGUUUUAAAUCUUUUUGGACGAAAAAAUUGGAAGAAGCAGAAUCUUUAAUUGAUGAGGCUAAUCAACAACAUUUUGUUAAUGAUGGAGUUUAUGUUGGGAAUCCGUUGGAUAAAGGAUUUAGAGUGGUAUAUUUAUUUUUUAGAGCUUUACUGGAAUUUUUUCCGUUAACAACUUUUAUGGGUAAAAUUGAAUUUCGUAUACCCUCUUCUUUUUUCUUCCUCAAAGUAUAA